AUGAGUGAAGGGCUUAUUCAGAAUUACGAAUAUAUCGGAGCUCACAUUAAAGAGUAUUUUGAAGAUAAUAAGUUAUUUGACACGUUCGAAAAAGAAGACAUUGCUAAAAUCAUGAAAUUUGCAAUUUUAUCAACAGAUGAUUUCAGAACUAUUCUAGAACAGGCACAUUCUACAAACGAUGCAAAGAAGUUAUAUUUCAGUACCCGAUACGCAAAUAUUACAAUUCAAAACUUUGAAGACGCUAUUUCUCUUCUUAAAUCAUUAAAGAAAUAUCUUAAAAUGAAAAUACUUGAUGGAGUUAUUGAUUUCUUUAUUCAAUCAGAAAAGGAAAAGUCUGACUUGACGAAACAGAUACAAAAUCUUCAAGAAAGGUUAAAUACAUUUCAAAAUCAAGAACGAAACAGAGAAAUUCAAACUUUAAUUGCAGAUCUUAAGAAUUCUAAUGAUUUUGAAAGUAUUUACGACUUCCUUAAUGAGCUUUCAUCUCAAGGAAAUAAAACAAUGCUUUCAAAAGCAUGUGAAGAAGGACUCUGGAAGAAAUUAGGAGCUUAUAAUCAAAAUGUACUUCAUGAAGCAAGUAGGACUGGAAAUCUCAGACUUGUCAAAUCUCUCAUUGAAUGUAAUUGUGAUAAAGAUAUACGGGAUGUUACUGGACAUACUCCACUCAUUUUAGCAUCAUAUAAUGGCCAUCUUGAAGUUGUUCAAUAUCUUAUCUCAAUUGGAGCUAAUAGAGAAGCAAAAACUAAAGAUGGGUUUACUCCACUCAUUUGGGCAUCAGCUCAAAAUCGUCUUGAAGUCGUCAAAUAUCUUGUCUCUGCUGGAGCUAAUAAAGAAGCAAUGACUAAUAUUGGAUAUACCCCACUCAUUUGGGCAUCAUAUAAUGGCCAUCUUGGAGUUGUUCAAUAUCUUAUUUCAUUUGGAGCUAAUAAAGAAGCAAAAACUAAAGAUGGGUUUACUCCACUCAUUUGGGCAUCAGUUCAAAAUCGUCUUGAAGUCGUUAAAUAUCUUGUCUCAGUUGGUGCUGAUAAAGAAGCAAAAACUAAUGAUGGAUUUACUCCACUCUUAUAUGCGUCAUUUAAAGGUCUUUAUGAAAUAGUUAAAUAUCUUGAAUCAGCUGGAGCCAAUAUGGAAGCCACGACAAAUGAUGGAAAUACCCCACUUAUUUGGGCAUCAUCAAAAGGCUAUUUUGAUGUAGUUAAAUAUCUUGCCUUUACUGGCGCUAAUAAGGAAGCAAAGAAUAAAGAGGGAUACACUCCACUCCUUAUCGCAUCAGCUGGAGGUAAUUUUGAUACUGUUAAAUAUCUUUUCACAUAUGCAUAUAAUAAAGAAGUAAGGACUAAUAAAGGAUUAACAGCACUCAUGAUUGCAUCAGCAAAUGGCCACCUUGAAAUUGUUAAAUAUAUGGAAUAUCAUAGAGCUAAUAAAGAAGCAAAGGAUAAUGAUGGAUAUACUCCACUCAUUUGGGCAAUAAUUCAAGGUCGUCUUGAAGUCGUUAAACAUCUGGCCGCAGUUGGUGCUAAUAAAUAUGCAAAAACUAAAGAUGGAUAUACCCCACUCAAAAUGGCAUUGCAUCUUAACAAAUAUGAAAUUGUUAGAUAUCUUAAUUUAAUCGGAGUUGAGCAGUAA